UUCUGCUCGAACCGUGAACACGGCUUAAUAAUGAAAUGUGGCAGUGGUAUAUAAAGCUCAAAGUCCCUGUUUUGCUAAGUAAAUUAAGACAAAAUGGCUUCAGAUUCAAAAUCAAGUGCUGCAGUUAUUAAUAAAAACCAAAUCAGUUGCGUUUCGCGCCUCUUCAAAAAGGUGCCAUUUGCGAAUUUCUUUCUAUGGGGAAAUAACUGUCAAAAACCAUAUUAUAAAACUGCACCAAGGUAUGUCUCCUCCAUUUGAUCACACACAGAGAGUCAAUCAAAGCCCUUCUUCCCGCCAUGGCCGAUUCUCCUCCUCCUCCUCCGGUUCCUUCAUCAUCAUCUUCUUCUUCCACCACUCCUCCAUCAACAGUUCAGGUUGGUCCUGGAGGGAGUUCCGUUGGUGGAGGGUCAGGAGAGGGUUCUUCUCAGAAGAAGAGAACGGGAGGCAAUAAUAACCAGGGCGGUGAAGAAGGAGGCCCAAAGCGGAAGAAGAGAGGAGAAAUUGAUACUCCGGUAUCAGAGCCAGUUUGUGCUCUAUGUGGAAAGAAAUUUGGUUCAUGGAAGGGUGUAUUUGGACAUAUGCGAGCCCAUCCAGAGAGAGACUGGCGUGGGGCAUUUCCCCCGCCGAAAGGAGCCUCAGCAACGAUGAGGAUUAGUAACCCUGAAAUUCAACAGCAACUGGCCUCAACAUUAUUUGCAUUGGGUAGUGAGACCUUGGCCAAGAUGAGACAAGACUCCAUAACUACUCAUGGCGGUGCUGGUGCUGGUGCUGGUGCUUCUUCCAGUAGGGCCGGAGAGAUUGAUUUGAAUAGGGAACCACGAGAACAUGCUGGUCCUCCUUCUUCUACUACUCCUGCUUCUACUAAUCCACCCCCACAGGGUGGCGGUAGCGGUUUUGAUUUGAAUCUUCCUCCUCCACCAGAAAAUGCUGAUGAAGAAGAUGAUUCUAAGAAUGCAUGA